AAGAAACUUUAUGCCAAAAUCCUGUUGCAGUCUUAUCUAUCUCAGACUUAAGUAGGGGAUUUUUCUACAAUGGCAGAGAGACAGCCAACAGAUGCUCUAGGGGAAGACAACUCUGCUCUGCUUGAUCAGUACAUUGACUGUGCCAAGAAAUUCAUAGACCUUUCCAAGAAACUUGGUCAUAUCAAGGGAGCUAACAAGCUGCAGCGAAUGUGUAAAUCAGAGCUGAAGUAUUUGCAGUCACUAAGAAAGAUUCCUACACAGCUUUGUGGAAACCAUUUAAAGAGCAGCAACUUGAGCCACUUUGCUGGAUGUCUGCACACAGCGUACAAUGCCCCUGGUGUGGUUCAAAUCCUCUGCCCGUUUUCUAUGGAUGGACGAACAGAAAACCUUGUGGUGGACGUGGUGGCCAAUCAAGGUCAUACAUGGGUCAAGGUCAUAGCAAGGAAAGCACAGGCCUUGCACUUGAUUUGGGCAGGAAGAGGACAGUUUGGAGAGAGAGAUCUAGUUAGACAAGCCAGAGACUACCUUCGCUGUGCGGUACAUCAUCCAGUCAACUUCCAGAAACCCAAAAUCCACUUUGCUUUCUAUAAUCAGGUAACAAUACCAAUGGCAGCUUGCCUGGAGAAGUUGGGGGUCUCUGUGUCAGGUGACCGGAUACCAGUUGAUGAAGGAACAGCAAACCAGAUUAACAUGGCGUGUCUUUCUUCAGAUGAGGACAGUGAAGACGAGACCUGCCCUGAUAAAAAUAUCAGUGGUAACGAUGAUUCAGAUGUAAACCAAGAUGACUUUUCAUUGCACACCGAAUCAGAAAGAAGAUUUAAAGGGGACAGAUUUUCAUCAGAACCCUCUGCAGAUCUGAACUGUGAUAUUACCUCAAGUACCUCAAGUCUUUCAAAAAAUGACCCUUUAUUCUCGGACUUAGAUUUAUUAGGAUCUUUAAUAUCAUGUUUGCCGAGAUUUGAUUGUCUAUCACACUGCACAAAAGGAAAUGAUUCCAAAAAAGUUAACCUGGAUAUUACAACUUUGAUUACACUGGUGUCUUCUGUAACUCAUGAUGGAUGCCAUUUUGAGUUUUCGGAGAAGAUCCUGGCCCAGCAAGCUGCAGAAGAAAGGGAGGAACCAGUUUUACCCAAACUUAAGAAGUUUCUUCAAGGGAAGACGAUGUUAGUGUGUAAGACAGCUUUGGAGGAUUUUCAGUCGAUUCUGGACACUUUAGGUGGUCAAAAGGAAAAGGAACGGGCCAAAGAACUGCUGUCUCAAGUCACUGUUGUCAAUGACGAUCCUUCAGAAAGAACUGUGGAGAUGCCAUAUUCACUUAAAAUAAAAGAAAGGUCAAAGGUGAUUUUUGGGACAGGUGAUAAACUACAAGCAGUGACUGUAACAGCCAACUCGAGUUUUGUGAGAGCCGCACAACAUCAGGGUGUGGCAUAUGCAGUGUAUUUACAUCCAUCAAGGGCCUUAACUGAAGAGAAAGAGAAGAGUGCAGUCCCUUUGGUCUCUAGUGAAUAACUGGUUGACUCCGAUAUUAUCUCCAUUGAUUUGGAAUGUAGAUCAUGUCUUUCUUGUUCUGAACUGAUGUGUAAUAUCAGCUAAGUUUAUAAAGUUCACAUGUAUAAAUGAAAUAUUCU